CAUCAUUUUCUUUAAUUUUACAACUCUACAACAAAAAUAAUAUUGUCAUACAAUGGUGCAAGGUUGUCACAAAUACUUAUAAUUUCCUAAAAGAAUGAAAAUAAAUCUUAAGCUAAGUUUACACAUGGUGCAAAACAAAGCUAGUCUUUUUUUUUUAACAAAAAAAAAAAAAAAAAAAUUAAAAUUGACUGCCAGUUAGAAAAAGCAAGAUGAAACAUAAUUAAAAUAAAUCAAGUUUAAUACAAAAUACAAAAAACCCUGGACCAUAAAUUCACUUAUAAUAAUGCAGCUACCACAUGAAUUUAAUUAAAGUAGUAGCAUAGGUUUAAUCAACUUAUAAAAAUGAGUUUAGAUUUCCUCUAUAAAUACUGGUCCUAACAUUCAUUAUAUGUCUCUUGCCCACAUGCAUCUUACCUUUGCUUAGCUUAGCUUGUUCUACUCUCUCACCUUUCUUUUCUAUUGCCCAUACUUUUGUUAUUACCUUUCUUUAAUUACUUCUAAUCCAUUAAAAAUGGAUUCAAAUCCAAACAAUUCUCAUGAAAAUAAUGAAGUAAGGAAAGGUCCUUGGACCAUGGAAGAAGACUUUAUUCUCAUUAAUUAUAUUGCUAAUCAUGGUGAAGGUGUUUGGAAUUCCUUAGCUCGAUCUGCUGGCCUUAAACGUACGGGGAAAAGUUGUCGACUUCGUUGGUUGAAUUACCUAAGGCCGGAUGUUCGUCGUGGUAAUAUAACUGCUGAAGAGGAGCUGUUGAUCAUGGAGUUGCAUGCUAAAUGGGGUAACAGGUGGUCGAAGAUAGCAAAACAUCUACCAGGAAGAACAGACAACGAAAUAAAAAACUAUUGGAGAACAAGGAUUCAGAAACAUCUAAAGCAAGCAGAAAGCAGCACUAGUACAACAUCAAGACAUGAAACGAGCCCUUCCGACAACCACGAGCAAGCGUGUGUAAGCCAGAUAUCAAAUGCUUCAGCAUCAACACCUCUUAACUAUGGCACAUCGUCGAAUCAACACAAUACACCCUAUCUACCUUCCAUGUCACCAUCGUCGUACCCUCAUGUAGAUCAUCAUGCGAUGGAGGCUACAAGUUAUAACAUUGUACCGCCUCAAAUGCAUCCUGUGUCUACUGAGAAUUUUUGGGUUACUCCUGAUGAAGAUCUUUGGGCAAUGCAAUUAUUUAACAGCUAUAAUUAAGUAUGGCACGCGAAUUAAUUUAAAAUAUUGAUUACAUAUGUGCUCCAUAAUUUAUGUUACGUUAUUUUUUAUAUACAAAGUAUGUAUUAGAUCUAUCUUACCAUGGACUGGUAAUAUAAUUCGGGUUCUUGAUGAUUAUUCUGUAUCUAUUUCGAUCUCUACCUAUACAUAAAUUAAAUUAUAUAAUUACUGGCAUAGUUAAUUAAGUUGUAUUUGUAAUGUUAUUGGAAGGAGAAACUAUCUUGUACAAGUAUUACCAUAUCAUCAAUUGUUACGUGCAUUGGAUUUUUGGUACCUUUU